GUUAACGCACGUCUGGCCGCCGCUGCUUUUAUGUAAAUACUGUAAAUAAAUUUGUCACACAUGAUGUCUGUUUUUCCGCCUUUACUUUUUACGGCCACCUGUGUGACGCAACGUGGCCAUGCUAGAUGAGCAAAGCAACCCUGCAGUGAAAGGUUAGCCGCGGGUGCAGAGAGGGAAGUCCAGCAACAGAUGGAUUUAAGAGGGAUUACAUCAAUCAGGGUGGCUUUGGGACAUCAAUUCCUGAGAAAGACAGUCCAGCGGCGUGGAGACAAGACAGGAAGUCUACAUCCUUAUCGUCGUGGUUGCGGUGCGGCGUGCGGCUUGGAGACGUGAGAGUCGCCUGAGAUGAAGAGAUGAGCGAGACGUGGAAAGUGUAGUUACCUCCUGCAAGGCACAGGAAUCCAUCAUCUGAUGUGGAAAGCGUAGUUACCUCCUGCAAGGCACAGGAAUCCAUCAUCUAUGAGCGAGACGUGGAAAGUGUAGUUACCUCCUGCAAGGCACAGGAAUCCAUCAUCUGAUGAGCGAGACAUGGAAAGCGUAGUUACCUCCUGCAAGGCACAGGAAUCCAUCAUCUGAUGAGUGAGACGUGGAAAGCGUAGUUACCUCCUGCAAGGCACAGGAAUCCAUCAUCUAGUCCAUCAUGAUGCCCCGGCCGGCUGGUCGUCACCAGGAAGUGGAGAGAAAGUGAAGAGAGGUGAGGGGAGAGGAGAGCGAAGCCACAUCCGACUACUUCCUGUCUCCGGCGUGCGGCCAUGUGGACUCUUUGAGGACGCUCCUCGCCCCAACAGGAAGCAUCGGUUCUUCCAUCUUUCCUUUCCACACCUCCCCCGUCGCCGCCGCCACCCCGCCCGUCCUCGGCCAUGCCGGAGCGCCUGUCUCGACGCUCUCGCUCCCUGCUCUCCCUGACCUUGACCUCCAUGGCCCUGGCGCUGUCCAUCCUGGCGCUGUGCACCUCCUACUGGUGCGAGGGCACCCACAAGGUGGUUAAGCCCCUCUGCCUGUCGCCCGUCAAGAUGAAAAACUGCGGGCAGAACAACAGCGAGCCUUACACCACAGAGAGCCCCACCCAAAACCCUUUCAACCGAACGCUGUCCCCAGCCCGGCGGGAGGAGCUGGCCAAGAUCCGGCAGCGGCAGCUGGCCAACGCCGUCCACUACAUCUGGGAGACGGGCGAGGACAAGUUUGCGUUCAGAUACUUCCACACCGGCUUUUGGGAAAGCUGUGAGAAGCACAGUGACGGGGAGAAAUGCAGGAGCUUCAUCGAGUUAACUCCAGGGGAGACGCAGGGCGUGCUUUGGCUGUCGGUGGUCUCGGAGUUCACGUACAUCGGUCUGCUGGGGAUGGGCUUCUUGCUCAUGUGGUUGGACCUCUUAUGUUCUCACAAAGGAAUGCACUCGCUAAAAAUCAGUGCCUACGCCGCCAUGUGUACCGUCCUGUCAGGUCUUCUUGGCAUGGUGGCCCACAUGAUGUACACCACCGUCUUCCAGAUGACCGUCAUUGUGGGCCCCAAAGACUGGAGGCCUCAGUCUUGGGACUACGGCUGGUCUUUUGCUCUGGCCUGGGUGUCCUUCAGCUGCUGCAUGGGGGCCGCCGUGGUGACGCUCAACUCUUAUACCAAGACCAUCAUCGAACUGCGCCGCAAGCAGAGACUGCGCCUGGAGGAGGCGAGGGCCGCCGCCCACGCGCCCUGCUACGAGGAAGUCAUGUCGGGAGUCGGCGGCGCCGGCGCACCCGGCGGAUUCUAUUCCGUCAGCGGCCUGCUGCAUUGUCCCGACGGCGUCGUGGACGUGGCGUGGGCCACCAACGGCGGCGUCGUAGGGAUGGGGAACCGUGACGUGCCCACUUUGGUUCUCGUGGGAGGCUGCGGGCCCGAGGGCUGCGAGGACUGCGAGAGGGAGAUGGACCGGAUGGAGGUGGCCGUGGACAGGGUGGACUCCCCCUGCUGACAAAAAACUGAAGAUGCCGAGUCGCUAUCUGCAAUUGGACUCUCGGGACAGCUGAUACAGGUCAUGUUGCACUUCCGUUUGAAUAUCGUUUUUUUUUUUUUUUUUGGACAAUCAAAAAAAAAAUUGGCCAAAGAGGCGGGGCUUGUCUGUAUGCGGUGUGGGUGAUUGGAGGAAGGCUCGGGUGAACACCUGCAUCAUCCUGUACAAGACUUGGGUCCUUGAACUCGGCUUUUCCAAAGAUGGGAAUUCUUGUCGGAGAGGUAUUCACGUAGCGUUAUGCCGAAACCGCCGUGUCGUAUGAAAGCGUCCGAAUCGCCAACUAAAAAUGAAAUCAGUCCGUGCUAGCGGUUUCCGGGCUCGACCACAAGACUUGGUGGAAAACUUGGUGGUUUUUACUUCUUUAAGGGACUUUGACAAAACCAGCCCGAGUCCGACUGACAAAAAAAACACCUGUAAGAUGUGGGAGGAGCCUUUGGAUCACACGGCUCCGCAAGACGUUGAUGGUGAAGAUGACACGCCGAGGAGACGCAAAUAUGCCACCUGGUUGGCACCGGUCCUGCACCGGAGUACGUGGAAAAAACCCACAUAUGCAAGUUUAGGAUUAUUAUUCCGACACUUUUAUUGCGUUUUUUUUUUUUUUGGGGGGGGGUCCCCCAAACACAAAGCCCCCUCAAAAAUUCUCAAGAAUCCCUUUUCUGACAACAAACAGGAAGUCUGUCAUUUUGGUUUCGUACUUUGACCGAAGAGAUGAAACCAAGACUGACCGGUAACGAUAAGCGGAGACGACUUUGAGACCUUUGAAGACUCGCUAAGAACCGGAAUCUCUUAGCUCCACAAGGUCCGAUUUGGAUAAUGACGAUGACACCCUGAAUGCAUCCAAAAUGGCCGCCCAAGUAACCGCUAUCCACUUGAGUAAACGCUAAUUUUAGUCUUGUUUGUUGAAACCUGAACGGGGCAAAAAUACUACAACCGCUAUGGAUAGAAAAUGACUGAUUUUCAAAAUAAAAGCUUUUUUUUUUUUUUUUUAGCCAUAAAGCAUUCGGUUCCAAUCAUAAUGAAAACCUCUCUGACAACAUCAGCGAACUGUCCUUUUGGGUCAUUCUUUGGGGGGGGGCGCCGGCCGCCAUGCUGUCCGCCAUGCGCUCCGGGGGCAGAUGCUCCAACAAGGCCACAGACACGCCCGUGCAAUGGAUAGAAAGAUUAUAGAUUUUCAAAAGUCUGCUCUCUUGAUGUCGAACAGAAGAUUAUGCGUAAGGCACUAAUCCACCCUUUGGACCAGGGACCGGCCAGGAGCCACGGCGCCGGGGAUGGAGGGAGCGGAGGGUGGAAGCUGGAAAGAGGUGCUGGCACGCAAACGCAAACAAUGAAUGCUGGUGCGACACACGCACGUCAGCUAAUACUUAUUAUUAGCCUCAUAAUGCUAACGGACAUUUUGGGGAGCAGGUUGACUUACAUAUUCAUUGAUCUUCAUACCCAGGAGAGUGGGGCCCCCGCGGGGGGGGGGGGCAUGCCUGAUGAAUCUUGUCACAUGUCUGAUUUCCAAAAUCAUUAAUUUGGGAAAAUUGUCAUUAAAAAAAAAAAUGAUGGAAUCGAGCAUUCUCGGCCUUGCAAAAAAAAAAAGAUUUUUUGGUUAAAAAAAAAAAAAAAAAAAAUUCCCCAGAAAAUAAUCAUAUGCAAAAAUGCCCCACUUUAUCAGGCGGUCCUUGAACGCACCAUCUAUUCAUGAUAUGAUUGAGUGUUGAGUAGCACUGCUUUAUUAAGCGUGUCAGGCAUAUUUAAAGACGACUCUUGUCACCAGGGAACUGAAUCUCACAUAAAAGUCACUUUUAUUGCAAAUGUUUGAAAUGGGACAACAUGAAGCUAAGCGGCAGGGUUAGGAGAGGGAGAAACCAAGUGUUAAACAUAAGACAUUUUAAUUUCAUCACAAUCUUUUGCUACUUUUAUUGUCAUUUCCAGGAAAAAUACCCAUUCAAUAAAUACAAUUGACUUCCAGGGUGGGAAUAUAACUGAAGUGUACUGUGUACAUACGUAUACAUACAUAUUUAUAUACACAUAUAUAUUAGGGGUGCAUGAUAUGAGGGAAUAUUAAUUACAUCGUACUGAUAAAUUAGAUCAAAAUAGCUCCAAUGUAGUGUGCGGGUGAGCGAAUCAAACACACCUCCCCCUUUAUACGCUGCUCCUCCUGCUAGUAGUGAUGCGCUAGUAGUCAUGUGAUGCAGAAUGUUUAUGGAAAAUGUUCCUGAAAUCAUUUAAUGCAAAUGUUUUCUUAAAUUUUCAUGUUUUUUUAUUUGUAUCUUAUUUUCCGGGAAGGGUUAUUUCCUCAUUUUCUUUUUUUUAAUGAAAAAUUCCCCUUA